AAUUAUUAGAUAAUUUGGAUUUCGUAUUUGAUGAUUUAAUAUUAGUAAAAGAUGAAAUUGAUCCGGUAUUUCCUUCAAAUUAUAAUAUACUUACAUUCUAUGUAUUGGCGUAUCAUCGGAAUGUUUAUAAAUGUAUUGAAUCAAUUUUACAAAAUGAUCCUGAUACAGAAACAAUUUUAAGGCUAAUUGGAUGGGUACGACACUAUUAUACAUUUAUGGAAAAAAAUUUGUAUUUUUAUGAAGAUUUAAUGGAACCAAAUUUGUUGAAUGGAAAAGAACAAUCAUUGAUUGAUGAUUAUCUUAAUUUAGUACGUAUUAAAUUUCAUGAAUGGAAAACAAAUUUAAUAGAAAGUGAUAUUAAAGAAUUUACACAACGUCAAAAUAGUCCGGAAUUUGAUUCUGAUAAUUUUGCAAAAUUACCUGGAGCUCCUAUUUUGAUUAGUAUGGUAAGACAACAAAUAGAUGUGGCAAUGAAACCUGCAAGUUAUCAGUUAUUAAUUGAUGUAGUAAAUGAAUGUUGUAUUAUGAUGUCUGAAAUUCAGCAAACUUGGAUUAACUUAUUAGAGUCUGAAUUACAAAGAUAUUUGAAUAAUCAAGAAGAAUGUGCUGAUGAAAUUAUUAUAUAUAUUGUUGCAUUAGCCAACGAUCAACUUGGUUAUACUGAUUUUAUUGGUGGACUUUUAAAUCAAUUUACAUCAUCAUUACCUGAGGAACAUAUUAAGAAUAUUAAUAAUUUAUUUAAUAAUUUAACGAAUGGUUUUUUUAAUGUUGCAACAAAUUCUAUCAAUACUAUCUUAGAUAUUAUCUUUAAUGAUCUAAAAAGUCCAUUUAAGGAACUGCAUACUGCAAAAUGGUACAAAGUGGAUACAAUGGAAGUUAUUGUUUUAACUCUUAAAGAUUAUACAGAUGAGUGUAAUUUACAUUUGAAAUCUUACAAUUUUUAUAAAUUAAUGAUCAAUAUGCUCAAUCGGUUUGUAAUAGCAUAUUUAGAAUCAAUGCGUAAUAAAGCUGUUACAUUUAGAAUGCCGCAUUGUAUUGAUAAGAUGAGAAAAGAUAUUCAUUCAAUUUCACAAUUCUUUGGUCAAUAUAUUGGUGCACAAGAAUUAACUUCCCGAUUAGAUGUAAUUAAUAAAUUACAUGAUUUUCUGGGUACUUCAAAAGAAUCAGUUCAUUUGGGUUAUUAUUCAAUUCGGAAAUCUUACGGUGAUGUUCCGAGAAAAUAUUUAAAAUAUAUUUUAUCAAAAAGAAAUGAUUUCGACCCUAUAACGAUGAUGAAAAUCAAUAAAAUACUUAAAGAUAAAGCUGCCGAAGCUGGUGAAUAUAAUGGCGAAAGGACUGUAUUUAGCGAAAUAGUUAUUAAAGAUUUAGAGAAACAGAAACCCGAAUUAAUGAAAGAUGUUCGAGAAGCAUUUCAUAAUAUGCAAAAUAUUAGCUUGCGUAAAGGAAAAAAAAAGAAUUAUCUAUCGACCAUUAAUAAUAUAUUUCACAAUAGAAAUAAGUAAUUUCAACAUUUGCAUUUAUGUAGAAAACAUUUUAUUCAU